UUUUUAAGGGAAGCAGGCAUUCCCUUCUUCUAACUUGGGGGACGAUCUUUCCACUGGCAGCAGUAGUUGCUACUGAGAUGGCAACGUCGUUGUUAAGCGCGCCUUUUUCCCAUUGGAUCACGGACUCAAGCCGACCCUAUCGGAAAACCAACCACCUGAUCACGAAGUCAGCGAAGAUUCAUAGUGCAAUAAACCGGGACGCCCGUGUUGGCUCGCUGGAGACGAGCACGCUCCCGUCCAAGGUGGCCCGGCCCCAAAAUGGCGUCGCCUCCAUCGUCCAGCCCUCCUACUCCAUCGCGGCCCUUGGCCCCUCAGAGGCCACCCUCGGCUGCCAUCUGGCUCGCCGGCUCGUUGAGAUUGGCGUGGGUGACGUGUUCUCUGUCCCGGGGGACUUCAACCUAUCGCUUCUCGAUCACUUUGUCACCGAGCCGGGCCUCAACCUCAUCGGCUGCUGCAAUGAGCUGAACGCCGGGUACGCUGCUGACGGCUAUGCCCGGUCCCGAGGUGUGGGCGCCUGUGUGGUGACGUUCACCGUGGGCGGGCUCAGCGUCAUAAAUGCGAUAGCGGGCGCAUACAGCGAGAACCUGCCGCUUAUCUGCAUCGUCGGUGGGCCUAACUCCAACGACUACGGUAGAAACCAGGUCCUCCAUCACACCAUCGGCUUGCCCGAUUUCACCCAAGAACUGCGGUGUUUUCAGACUGUCACUUGCCAUCAGGCGGUGGUGAAUAACCUUGAAGAUGCACAAGAGCAAAUCGACACUGCAAUCUUUACGGCACUGAAAGAGAGCAAGCCUGUGUACAUCAGCAUCAGCUGUAACUUAACUUCGAUCCCUCACCCUACUUUCAGCCGCAAGCCCAUCACCUUUUCGCUCUCUCCCAGGUUGAGCGAUCAAAUGGUUUUGGAGGCUGCGGUGGAGGCAGCUGCCGAGUUCCUGAACAAGGCGGUGAAGCCCGUCAUGGUUGCCGGGCCCAAUCUCCGCAUCGCAAAGGCAUGCGAUACCUUUGCCGAAUUGGCCGAUGCCUCUGGUUAUGCCCACGCAGUGAUGGCCUCUGCCAAAGGUCUUGUCUCCACCGAGCACCACGCCCACUUCAUCGGGACGUACUGGGGUACAGUGAGCACCGCAUUCUGCGCUGAGAUCGUGGAGUCUGCCGAUGCGUACUUGUUCGCAGGGCCCAUCUUCAAUGACCUUAGCUCCGUUGGUUACUCCCUCCUUAUCAAGAAGGAGAAGGCGAUCAUAGUGCAGCCCGAUCGGGUCGUGAUCGGGAACGGCCCCACCUUUGGGUUUGUCGAGAUGAAUGAUUUCCUCAAGGCACUUGCCAAGCGACUUAACCGCAACACAACGGCUUAUGAGAACUACCACCGAAUAUACGUUCCUGACGGGCGUCCUCUCAAGCGUGACCCUAAGGAGCCACUAAGGGUCAAUGUUCUGUUCCAACAUAUUCAGAACAUGCUGUCGAGCAAAACUACUGCGAUCGUCGAGGCAGGAGAUAUUUGGUUCAAUUGCCAGAAACUUAAAUUGCCCAGCGGUUGUGGUUACGAGCACCAAAUGCAGUAUGCAUCGAUUGGUUGGUCCGUCGGAGCGACUCUUGGAUACGCAGCGGGUGCACCUAAUAAGCGAGUAAUUGCUUGCAUUGGCGAUGGGAGCUUCCAGAUGACUGCUCAGGAUGUCUCGACAAUGCUGCGAUGCGGACAGAACAGCAUCAUCUUCCUGAUAAACAACGGCGGAUACACAACUGAGGCCGGGAUUCACAACGGACCCUACAACGUAAUCAAGAACUGGAGCUACACCGGUUUGGUGGAUGCCAUCCACAACGGGGAGGGCAAGUGCUGGACAGCGAAGGUCUGUUGCGAGGAGGAACUCGCUAAGGCGAUCGAGACUGCGACCGGGCCCCAGAAAGAUUGCUUGUGCUUCAUCGAGGUGAUUGUGAACAGGGAGGACGGGAGCAAAGAGUUGCUCCCAUUUAGCUCCAGAUUAGCAGCUGCCAAUAGCCGUGCGCCCGUUCCUCGCUGAACCAUUGGAUCUCCUUCUAUGCUUGCACUGGAAAAUUGCCCUGUUAUUUAUUAUCAUGGAUUUUCACAUUUUCCAGUUGGUAAUGUUAUCUUCGUGAUCCAAGUUGGUUCUUCAGAUUAUCUUUUAUCCUCUCUUGGCAUUAAUUCCCAAAAAAAUCAGUAGUGCUGUUUCAGCCUCUGAAAUUUUGGGAUGCAUUGAUAGAAAGUUCAUCAGUAUUUGGCGUCA